AUGAAUAUUCCUUUUGCCGAUGCUUUGGAGCAAAUGCCGAGUUAUGCAAAAUUCAUGAAGGACUUUAUAUCAAAGAAGAGGAAAUUGGGCGAAUAUGAGAUAGUUAAAUUAUCUGAAGAAUGCAGUGCUAUUUUGCAGAGGAAGCUACCACCUAAUCUAAAGGAUCCAGGGAGUUUUACUAUACCUUGCACUAUUGGAACCACUUACUUUGAAAAAGCUUUAUGUGAUUUAGGAUCCAGUGUUAAUCUAAUGCCUUCUUUUGUUGCUAAACAUAUUGGGUUGGGUGUAAUUAACCCAACCAUUGUUUCUCUGCAAAUGGCGAACAGGUUCAUAACAUAUCCCAGAGGCAUAAUUGAAGAUGUGUUAGUCAAAGUUGAUAAGCUCAUUUUUCUAGCAGAUUUUCUGAUUUUAGACAUGGAAGAAGAUGCCGAAACCCUUAUUAUUUUAGGCCGCCCCUUUCUAAAACCGGGAGGACAUUAA